UGAAAAUGGCAUUUAGGUUGAAGUCAGAUGUGCGGCUGGCAGGUUCUUGGCUGUGCCUGCGUGGGGCCAGGGCACUGGGCACCAGAGCAGUCACGGCCUCCAAAGCCUCAGUGCUGCCCUUUGAAGUCAUACCCCAACACCAGGGCAACAAGAGGCAGAGGGUGCUGCAGUUCUGGAAGGAGCAGAACCAUGAUGACUUGCACCUGGAGAUGCACCAGACCUUCCAGGAGCUGGGGCCGAUUUUCAGGUGUGAUGUGGGAAGUACACGGAUAGUCGCUGUGAUGCUGCCAGAGGACUGUGCGAGGCUGCACCAGGCAGAGAGCCCCUAUCCCCAUCGCAUGCACCUGGAGCCCUGGAUGGCCUACAGAGAGCACCGACGGCAGAACCUUGGCGUGUUUUUGCUGAAUGGGCCUGAAUGGCUCUCCAACCGACGGUGGCUGAACCCAAAUGUGCUGUCCCCAAAGGCAGUGCAAAACCUCCUCCCCAUGGUAGACACAGUGGCAAGAGACUUCUCAGAGGCUCUGAAGCAGAAGGUACUUCAGAGUGCCCAGGGGAGCCUGACCAUGGACAUGCAGCCCGACAUCCAUAAGUAUACUGUGGAAGUCAGCAAUUUUGCACUAUUUGGUGAAAGACUGGGCCUUUUUGGCUGUAACCCCAGCUCUCAAAGCCUGAAAUUCAUCCAUGCCCUGGAGGCCGUAUUUAAAACGACCACACAGUUAAUGUUUCUGCCAAGAAGUCUAUCCCGCUGGAUGAGAAGUCAAGCAUGGAAGGAGCACUUUGAGGCCUGGGACUACAUUUCUGAGUAUGCUGAAAAUCGCAUCCAGAAGAAAUAUGAGGAGCUUGCUCGAGGUUGCUCUCAGUACAACAGCAUUGUGGCAAAUCUGAUGCUGCAGGGGAAUUUACCACUACGUGCCAUGAAAGCAAACAUUAUGGACCUCGUGGCAGGGAGUGUGGACACGACAGCCUUACCAUUGAUGAUGACACUCUUUGAGUUGGCCAGGAAUCCUACCGUGCAGCAGGCCCUGCGGCAGGAGAGCAUGGCUACUGAACCCAAUAUUUAUGAGAAUCCCCAGAGACUCAGAAUGGAGCUCCCCCUUCUGUGGGCAGCCAUCAAGGAAACCCUGAGGAUGUACCCUGUUGGUCUUUUUCUGGAGAGAUUCCUGACCUCACCCUUGGUGCUUCAGAACUACCACAUCCCAGCAGGGACUUUGGUGCAUUUAAAUCUGUACUCCAUGGGCCGAAACCCUGAGGUGUUCCUGAGUCCAGAGCAUUACAACCCCCAGCGGUGGCUGGAGAACAAGGAGACCUAUAAGCAUCUGGCCUUUGGAUUUGGGGUUCGCCAGUGUAUUGGACGGCGCCUAGCAGAAGUGGAGAUGCUGCUGUUUCUCCAUCAUGUGCUGAAGUCCUUCUGUGUGGAGACAGCAUUCCAAGAGGAUGUGAAGUUCGCCUACCGCUUCGUUAUGAUGCCCACCUCUGCACCCCUCCUCACUUUCAGGCCUGUCAGCUAAUGUCACCUUCCUGCUGAGUCUCCCCACCAUGCCACCAUUGUCUGUCCCUAUGACUCUAGACCAUUCCGCCACUUCUGCAAAGGCACUGCUUCCUAGCUACACUGCUGCUCAGUGGACCUUCUGAUGAAACAGUCCCUGCAAAAGCAAUAAGAACUGUGGGAGCAAUAAAACUCAAAAUGUGUAAUAGUCAUUAUACAAAACAGAAGAAAAGAAAGUGCUCUAAAUGAUAUAACUGCAUAUAAAUUUAAGUGUGUAAGAUAAACAAUGAUAUUACUGAGUUUUGUUGGAUCAUUGAACAGAACUGUUUGCAGUCUCACUGUUUGAAUGUUCACUUUACAUGCUUUAAUCUUGUAACUUGAACGAACAAAUAUUUCUAAGAUGACAAUAUGUAAUUCAUUAACUAGUGAUUUUCUACUGUUUAUUUUUUUCUGAAAUUCUGUAUAACUUGUACCCUUUUUCUGCUUUUUUUCCCCUUUUUUUCCUUAAAUUAAAAAAAAGAAACAGUCA